AUGCAAAUAGAUGUGGCAAGGCUGGAUGUGUUUUUUGGGUGUUGUGUUGGUGGAAGGAAGAACAAGGUGAAGGUGAUGGGGUCGGGGGACACGUGUGUGGCAGGGUCGUGGGGGAACAACGGAAGCGGGCACGUGCGAGGUGCCAGCGUGGAAGGGGGCGUGGGACCCGGGGCAGAGAGCAUAGGAGUACGGUGUACUCGUCACGGUGCUGGCAUGGGAAACUUGUGCUCUGUUGCGUGUUAUGUUAUGUGUGCCCUUCCACCGAUCUCCGCCACGUGUCCUCUUUUUCUGGGUCCGUUAUGGUUUUCUUCCAUUGAAAUUUCCUUCAAACCCUAG